UCGUACGAGAUUUGAAGGAAUUUGGCAGCAGGUGCUUUGGAUGAAUCACAAUAACACUUAUGAAGAAAUACCAACUUAGAUGGAAUCGAAUUUAGAAUGACAUAAAAAUAUUCAUAUUGAUUGACAGCCCUGUAACGAAAUAAUAGAUCCACAUUACCUUCAAAUCUUAUUUAAAUGAAGGUUAUAUGACCGACAUUAUUUGUGCUUCAGCCUGCAACUCUGAGAACCGCCUACUGUUGAUACUUAAUCUGUCAAACCAUCAUUUAUUCUAGACAUUAUGCCCUUAGAUUGUUGUUCUGAUACAAGGUUAAGUUAAAGAUGAAAAAACUUUUUACAAAGAACGACUCUUCAGCACAGCAAUAUGUAGGAAAAGUUUUCACUGUAGGCAGAUUCAGUGUAACAGUGGAAGAUGUGAUAGCAGAGGGAGGGUUUGCUAUAGUCUUCUUGGUCAAAGCUCAGAAUGGGAACCAGUAUGCACUAAAACGAUUGUUUGUCAACAAUGAGCAUGACUUGUCAGUUUGUAAGAGGGAAAUACAUAUAACGAGAACUUUGACUGGACACAAGAAUAUAAUUCGAUAUGUAGACUCUAGUAUUACUUUGACUCCUAACCGAGUCUAUGAAGUGAUGAUAUUAAUGCAGUAUUGUAGAUCCAAUGUGAUACAGUUAAUGAAUGACAGACUGACUGUAGGUUUUACAGAGAAAGAAGUGCUACGUAUUUUCUGUGAUACUUGUGAAGCUGUUGCCAGACUUCAUCAUUGCCAAACACCGAUAAUCCACAGGGAUUUAAAGGUUGAGAAUUUAUUAUUAUCAGAUAGUCACCAUUAUGUAUUAUGUGAUUUUGGGAGUUCUACUGCCAGAGUUUUAGAUCCUAGUCAAAUAAAUGUGUCACAAAUUGAAGAGGAAAUUCAAAAGUACACAACAGUAUCAUAUAGGGCACCAGAAAUGAUAGAUCUGUAUAAUGGUAAACCUAUAACAACAAAGUCAGAUAUUUGGGCAUUAGGAUGUUUUCUAUAUAAGCUAUGUUUCUUCAGCUUGCCAUUUGGAGAGAGUACUUUAGCUAUUCAAUCGGGUAACUUCACCAUUCCAGAUGAAUGUAAAUAUUCAAAUAAACUGUUAUCUUUAAUAGGGUAUAUGUUGGAAGUUGAUCCUGAAAAGAGACCUGAUAUAUUUCAAGUUUCUCAUUUAGCAUUUAAAUUAGUUGGAGGAGAGACUCCUAUUCCUAACAUGAAUAAUUUAGAAAUACCAGAUUUUUCAAGAAUACCAGUUCCUAUGACAGAAACUGAAGCCAGACAAAUCAAAACUUCCUCAGUCAAAAGUGUGAUAGCUCCAUCAAUAGAAAGUACAACAGUUACACCAAGGUCAAGGCCUAAAGGUCAGGCUGUACCAGCACCUCUUGGGUUACCAACAUCUAUAGCUCCAAGAAAACGUCCUACAGCUCAAGAUCCGCCCCCUGUUCAGCCAAGUCAGCAACAGGCUAUGUUGCAGAAGCAGGCACAGCAGCAUCAACAAGCUCUUCAGCAACAGGCUUUGCAACAAAAAGCGUUACAGCAACAAGCCUUACAACAACAACAGGCACUUCAACAACAGCAGGCUCUUCAACAACAACAGGCUUUAAAGCAACAGGCCAUGUUACAACAGCAGGCCUAUCAACAACAGAUGUAUCAACAAAGUACUGCUUAUACACAACAAAUGAAUAUGCAACAAACUCAAUAUAUGCAACAACAGCCAUAUUUGAAUGCUCCUCAAAUGCCAAUGUCUCGGUCAUUCCAUGGACAAUCUACUCCUAGUCAACCCAUUGUUAAUAGCAAUAGCUUGGACAAUAUGUAUUCAAAGGCUUAUGUGAUAAAGGAUGACAGUGGAGAUUUUAAAAAGCCUCCUGUUCCUCCUAAACCAAAACCUACCAAGGAUAACUAUGGGUCUGAUGAUCAGCCAUUGAUAUCCAUUACACCUCCUCCGUCUCCGUCGAGACAAACAAAAUCACAUCGACGUUAUGUCAGCGAUACAUCAGCUCUCCAUAUGGGUGGAAAAGGAAGUGCUUUCAGAGCUUAUCAUGCCACAUCGAAUCUUCUAAAUGCUCCUCCUUCUCAAACCAAGUCUAAAUCAGCUACUACAACUCCAACUCACUCACCUCCAGGGUCCCCUAACUUAACAAGAGCAUUAUCUGCAGAUGUAGCUGAUUGGAAUCCUUUCGAUGAUAAUUUUGGUCCGGAUACAGAGGAGGAAAUAUUUGGAAAAGAAUUUGAUAAAUUACGUAGAGGAUCUAAUAGUAGUAUAUCCAAUGUAAAAAGUAGAGAAGAUUUAGUGAUGUCAGGAUCUGAUUCCUCAGAUCCUUUUACUAAUGUCCCAUUUAAAAAACCUGGUGAGAAAGGUCCUGACAGGAAGCAGCAUGGUCGUAGAAGCAAUAACAGCUCAAACUCUGAUUAUGGAGAUGAAGAUGAUGAUGAUGCUCAAGACAAUAUGAAGAAACAAGACAAUGUAAAGAAACAAGAAAAAGUCAUUCAAGAAUCAGAGUCACAAAACUUCUUUGGUGCAUCUUCAUUGGUUAAAGCAGCUUUAAGCAGGUCAUCAAAAUAUCAGCAGCUGGUAGAUACAGAUGAGGAGAAAGACAAGAAACCUCAAGUUGCUGAAUCUCGUGUUAAAUUAGAUUCUAGUUCGUCUUAUGCAGAGGAUGAUCAUCCAGGUGGACAAGGUGAAGGUAAAACUGCAGACUUUCGCUAUCAAGAACUUGAUGAUGAAUAUGGUAGCAGACCUGUAACUAUAAAAUCUAACCAGGAAACAGUAAACCGUAAACCGGCAAGUAGGAAAGAGUCUCAAGAGUCAACUGUAAAUGCUACAUCAUCUGACCCAAUAGUAGGACAUGAAUAUGGAGUUCGACCUUUACUUGAUGAUGAUGAACUAGAAGACGAUGAACAUGGAGGUAAUCACCAAGACAACCAUGAUAUACGAGACAAUAGUACCCCUAGUAGUAGUACAGUGUCACCACUCGCAGGAGGGUUAAGUCCUGCCCUUUCACCUACAGUUGAUCCAUUUGUUUCUGCACCAUUCCGACGUAAACCAUCCAGGAAAAAACGACCAAAUAGUAAUGUUCAAAAUAGACCUCACAAACCUGCUCCUGAAUCAACAGAUAUCUUUUCCAAAGCUCCUUUUAAACCAACAUUUUUACCCAAAACACAACACUCUAUUGGAAGUCCUCUAUUAGAUUCUAAUAAUGCUAGUCCCGAUAUUGAAGAUCCAUUUGAUAAGGCACCGUUUAGCCCGAAAACUGUAUCUGGAACAAAUGCAAAACAUUUGGUGUCUUCAGUAAUGACAACCACAUCUCCAAUAGAACAAACAUUCAUUUACAGCAAUCCUGUCACACAGGCAUCACCAGAACAGAAUUUUAUGUAUGUCAAGGAACCCCCAGUGAAAACUGAUGCCAACUUUGUUCCAUUUACUUCAUCAGUGCCAUUGUCAAGUACUUUUACAAAAUCUGACAUCUUUGGUUCUGUACCGUUUCAAACAAUGAUGAGCAAACCUUCCACAGCAAAGGAUGAUAAUAAAAAACUGUCCAAAUCUGGUAAUUAUACCAGUACACCUGCCAAACCUAUUAAAUCCAAAUCUCAAAAUUAUCAACCUCUUUCUGAUAAUGAAUGUGAUUCAGAUAAUCAAAUAGAAACUGCCUAUCUACGUAAAUGUCAAGAUCAGCAAGCUUCAUUGAUUGUAAAUAGGGACAGUGAUAAAGAGGAUGAAGAUUAUGACAAUGAAGAUUGUGAAUUAAAUUCCAGUACAAGUUCAAAACAUUCCAGGUCAAAGGUUAAAGGUCGUUCAAGUCCAAGGGAAACAGUUGGAUUUUCCAACAUGAGUUUUAAUGAUGACGAUGAUGAAGGUCAAUCCCAGCAUUCCAUUGAGCAAUCUUCAAACUCUCUGCAAGUUUCCAGCAUAAGACAUCCUGCAUUUACCAAAGAACCAAAGUAUACAGUUGCUAUAGCAUCCUCAGAAGCUCUGAAAGUAAAUAGCUCUGGUAGUUAUGAUACAUUUACAUGGCCAAGGAAACAUAAAAAAUCCAUGGCAACUAAUGAACCUUUCAGUUCAAAAAAGAAAAUUGAUAUAUUAUCAAAAUGAUGCUGUUGUGAUGUUAGUUAAGAGUGAAUGUUAUUAGAAAAUUUA